GGGCCCGCAGAGGCUAUAUAAAGGGCGGGAGGGGCACGUGUGGCGCAGUUGGAGCCGCCUGAGUCUCGGGACAGUGGUGCUGUCGGCCUGGUGCGCGCGCCCCGCGAGGAAAAAUGCAGAUCUUCGUGAAGACCUUGACAGGGAAGACCAUCACCCUGGAGGUUGAGCCCAGUGACACCAUUGAGAAUGUCAAGGCCAAAAUCCAAGACAAGGAAGGCAUCCCCCCUGAUCAGCAGAGGCUGAUCUUCGCUGGCAAGCAGCUGGAAGAUGGGCGCACCCUGUCUGACUACAAUAUCCAGAAGGAGUCCACUCUGCACUUGGUGCUGCGUCUGAGAGGUGGCAUGCAGAUCUUCGUGAAGACCUUGACAGGGAAGACCAUCACCCUGGAGGUUGAGCCCAGUGACACCAUUGAGAAUGUCAAGGCCAAAAUCCAAGACAAGGAAGGCAUUCCCCCUGAUCAGCAGAGGCUGAUCUUUGCUGGCAAGCAGCUGGAAGAUGGGCGCACCCUGUCUGACUACAACAUCCAGAAGGAGUCCACUCUGCACUUGGUGCUGCGUCUGAGAGGUGGCAUGCAGAUCUUCGUGAAGACCUUGACAGGGAAGACCAUCACCCUGGAGGUUGAGCCCAGUGACACCAUUGAGAAUGUCAAGGCCAAAAUCCAAGACAAGGAAGGCAUUCCCCCUGAUCAGCAGAGGCUGAUCUUUGCUGGCAAGCAGCUGGAAGAUGGGCGCACCCUGUCUGACUACAACAUCCAGAAGGAGUCCACUCUGCACUUGGUGCUGCGUCUGAGAGGUGGCAUGCAGAUCUUCGUGAAGACCUUGACAGGGAAGACCAUCACCCUGGAGGUUGAGCCCAGUGACACCAUUGAGAAUGUCAAGGCCAAAAUCCAAGACAAGGAAGGCAUCCCCCCUGAUCAGCAGAGGCUGAUCUUUGCUGGCAAGCAGCUGGAAGAUGGGCGCACCCUGUCUGACUACAACAUCCAGAAGGAGUCCACUCUGCACUUGGUGCUGCGUCUGAGGGGUGGUAACUGAACUAGCUAGUCAAUUCUGCAUCCAUGUAAAAGUUUCACUGCACUUGUUCAUUCCAAUAAAGCUGUUGCAUCCACAAAA